AUGUUCAACAUAUGCUACAAAUCUUAUUACUUUCUCCAUUGUUCAUCUAGAGUUUCAAGAGGUUUCAAUUUUGCGAACCAUUUAAAUGAGUCAACAUUUGCAAAUAACGAUGACAAUAAUGGACAAGGUGUCGUAUCAUCGAAUCAAAGAGGAAAUAUCAUUGUAAACGCGAUUAAUAAUUCUUAUAACACAGGAAGGCAUCCUGGACUACAUAUAUUUGAUUCAACAGGUAUAGCUGUUGCAAAAUAUUCGGCAUACUUACAAAAUGGCAAUUACCUAGAAUACGUAAUUACAAAUGAAAUCGGAAAAGCACAUUUUCAUCAUUUGAAUGUUAUUUCAAAUAAGGUUGGCUUAUGGCCUCUAAUUGCUUCAUUGAAAGUUGGAAACUCAUUGAAUAUCGAAGACUCAAUAAUUUGUGACAAUGAUGUAAAAUCUCAAAUAUUUAAUGCAUAUGAUUAUUGA